CCAGGCAGCUGGUGGACUCGCCAGACGGGAGCGUGGUGUCGCGGCCAUCGCCGUCCUCCUCCUCUCGGGCCCCUGCCGGCGGGGGGGACGGCGUCGUGGUGUUCCCAGAGCAGCUGGUCACCCAGAAGGUGGGAGACCUCGGCGAGUACGCCCAGUUUGUCUGCAAGAUCUGCAACCUGGUGGUGCGCUCUCCGCUGAUGCUGCCCUGUGCGCACAUGUUCUGUUCCACUUGUUUCAACCAGUGGGUGCAGCAGAAGAGACCGAACGUCUCCUGCCCCACCUGCGAGCAGGCGGUGAGAUCUCAGGAGGUCGUCCGCUUCGAGGGCACCAACGGGAGGGGUGGCGCCCUGGCGCUGCUACACCGGCUCUACUCCGGCAUGAAGGUCAAAUGCGCAUACAACCCAGAGCUCCUGGAGAGCAAGCCGCUGACAAGCGAGGCCGCUAGAGCGAAGGCGUCAGGCUUGAGAUGCGACUGGCGGGGGGCCAUGCACGACUACGCGACGCACUUGAAAGUGUGCAAGGUGCACGCCGAGGUUGCCGCUGCAGCCGCGGCGCCGGCCGGCGCCAGCAGCUCCCAGGACGCGGCCGCGCCGUCCCCGCCGCAGGCG